AUAUCCUAAAUCCUGGUAUUUUUUAAAUUGUCUUUAUCAUCCAAAAUAUCAGCUAUUUUUCCCUAAAAAAGGGAGAAUUCCCUAAAAGUGGAAGCACUGCUUCAAAGUACGCUACAUUUUUUAUUGAGUCAGAACUCAUAUCUGCCAUCUAGUGAGUUUAUUAGAUCAUUAAUGCCUAAAAGUUACAAAAAUGACGUCGCCACAGGAGUAAGAUGACGCUAGUUGUAUGUUAUUUGCCUUUGUAUGGGAGUUGCACCCCCCUGGCUAUAGCUGUACGCGUAAAAUUUGUGUCUAUAGUGUUUUAAAUAUGAAUAUACAAAGUGCAUUUAUUAAUGAAGAAAGUGAUGAAAAAAUUGUGAAAGAAAAUGAAGAAGAAAAUCUUAAAGAGCUAAAAAGAAAAAGAAAAUGUGAACGUCAAAGAGCAUAUUAUCACCGUCAGAAAGAUUUGAAGAAAAAUGAAGAAAAAAAAAAAAGAAAAAAAGUACCAAAAACAAAUGCUGAACGUCAAAGGGAAUUUCGUCAACGUAAAGCAGAAAAAUCCUACGUGGAUAUGAAAAGACGAAAAUUGUGCAGUAAUGAAGAGAAUGUCGUGCAAGAUAGGGCUGUUGAAAAUACAGAAAAUGUAACGCUACAGGAAAAUCAAAUUUAUGAACAGCGUAAUGAAUGCAUUACUCCCGAAGUUAUUCUACACAGGAACACGGGAAUUCCUGGCGAUGGCGAUUGCCUAUUCCACUCGCUCAUAAGUGUUUUGCAACUUCAAAUUGAGAGCUGUGAAUUGAGAAAUCAGUUACGCGAUUCACCCUAUUUAAACUCCUGCCACAAUCCGCAAGAAGCAUAUAAGAUUCUAUCAAGCACUAAUGAUUACGGAGAUUUGGAUUGUUUGUACUUAUUUUCAAAAAUGUACAAUCAAAAUGUUUGUGUACAUUAUUGUUUUUACAACAUAACUACAAAGAAUGAAGACACUAUCUUUUGGCAUUUUAGAGCGAAUGAUGCACAAAACUGGAUUCAUCUUCAUCUUCGUGAACAACAUUUCACACCUUUUUAUGAAGUAUCAGAUUUAUUGAAGCCAAUAAAAGAUGCUACCCAAAAUGAAGCCCAUGUUGAUGCCAAUAUUCAACUAUUGCAUGACAAUUAUGUUGAAGAUGCUACCGAAGAUAACCAUAACAAUCAUGAAAAUGAAAUUGAGAUUGAUAGAGAAGAUCGAAUUGGUGAAAAUAUUAUGGAUUUUAUUGUUGAUGGUACUACUCCAGUUUACACAAAUUAUCGUAAACACAGCACAAGUCAUAUUGAUUUUUAUAAAGACUUUACGAGUAAUUCAUUUGGCCAUUCUUGUAUUAUUUGCGACAGACUAUGGUGGAAAAGAGACUUGAAAAUGUCGACCAGUAAACAUGAGAGUAUUUUGAAAACAAUCCUGCAGAAUUAUACCCCUGGUGAAAUAGUUCAAGUCUGCUAUACGUGCUAUACAUCUUUGGAAAAAGAAAAAAUUCCUCUUAUGUCAACCUACAAUGGUUUUGCAUAUCCGAAAAUUCCAUCACAUUUACCAACGUUAAACCUUAUCGAGCAACGAUUGAUUUCACCGAGACUAGCGUUCAUGCAAAUUCGUAGGCUGAGACACGUUAAUGAUCAGUAUGGUAUUUACGCCCAGAUAAUUAAUGUUCCUAUCGAAGUCGAUACAAUGGUGAAACAAUUGCCAAGAAAAAUUCAAGACGACCAUUGCUUUUAUGUGCAUUUGAAAAAGAAGUUGAUUCACAAAACUAGUCAUGUCCACGGGCUUGUGAAUAAGAGUCAUAUUGAAGAGUGGUUGUCGUAUUUAGUAUCUACGCCUCUUUAUAUUUAUCAUGACAUUAAAAUCGAUGAGUCUUUUUUUACCGACAAUGAACGUACUUCGCAAUUGAAUAUGGAUGAAAUAAGUGAACACGUGCCAAUUGAAGACAAUUUAGUUGCGCAGCAACAAACUCUUUUGUGGAAUGAUGAUUAUUUUUUGAGUCUAGCACCCGGUGAAUAUAACAGGCCAGCCAGUAUUUUAAUAGAUGAACAUGCGGAAGAAUUAUCUUUUCCGACAAUCUACGGCGGUCAGUUUCGAACAUAUAGAGAUGGUGUUACUGUUACUCCAUUCAUGCAAGCUACCAGCGAACUCCGGCGUACUGAUAGGCGCGCUACUGACCCACAACACCUCUUAUACAUCGCUGCUAAAAUCAUGAAGUUGCGAGUUAGUGGAUGUGUCAACGUUGCGUUUAAGCAUGUCGGACAAGGUACUUCAAUUACGAAAGACACCAUUGAAUCUGAAGAAUAUAUAAAUAAUUGUUUAGAAACAAAUCUCGCAUUCCUUCGCUGCAUACCAAAUUCCGCUUGGUUUUGGUCAGAUCGCAAAAAAGAUCUUUUUGCAAUGAUCAGGCAAUUAGGACCACCAACUGCUUUUAUGGGUCUAAGCGCCAAUGAAACGGGCUGGGAAAAUUUGUUGAAAUUAUUGUACAAAUUGAAAAACGAGGGGGCGGAAAUUUCAGAUAAGUUUUUAGCAGAAAUAAGUUAUAUGUAUAAAGCUCAACUUGUGAAUGAAGAUGCCGUAACUUGUGCUAUUUAUUUUAAUAAAAAGGUAAAUUGUCUAUUAAAAGUUUUGCAAUCAAAGAAAAGAAGUCCAUUCGGAAAAUAUAGAGUAGUACAUUAUUUCAAAAGAAUAGAAUUUCAACAUCUUGGUAGCCCACAUGCACAUAUUCUUCUUUGGUUGGAAAAUGUUCCUGAAGAUUUAUUGAGCAAUGAUCCUGAAGUUAUUAAAUUAAUUGACGAAUUGGUUUCUGUGUCAGCGUCAGAGGCGUCUGGAAAUAUAAAACUAGUAACACACAAACACACAUCCACGUGUUAUAAAAAAAUGAAUCCCAAUAAAAAGCAAGAAUGUAGAUUUGGCGCACCAUUUAUGCCAACAAAAAAAACUGUUUAUUUGAUACCUAUGAAAGACACUGAUCCCGAUUACUCAGAAGCACUUUUCAAAGAAUAUAAGAAACGAUUUAAAUUUAUAAGAAAUAAUCUCGAAUAUUUUGACUACACGAAUUUUGAUGAAUUUUACUCGCAUAAUUAUAUUAUUUCUGAUGAUCAUUACUACAAUAUUAUUCGUGCUGGUAUCAAUAGACCAAAAUUAUUCUAUAAAAGAACACCAGCAGAAAAAUGGCACAACUCUUUCAAUCCGUUCGUAUUACAUCAUUUUAAAUCGAACAUGGACUUUCAGAUUAUACUAGAUGAAUAUGCUUGUGCAACAUAUGUUGUUGAAUAUGCCAAUAAGCAUAAUAGAGGGAUUAGUAAUUUGCAAAGACAAAUAAUUGACAUAAUGGACGAGCAUCCAGAAUUCGACAUUGUCGAUAUCACGAACAAAGUGAGUAUUGAUAUACUUCAGUCUGUUGAAAUGUCGGCACAAGAAGCUGCUUGGUAUUUAUUAAGAGAACCUGUGGCUAAGUCAUCGGUGGCGACAGUCUACAUUCCAACGGUAUUGCCUACUGAACGCGCAAGAAUUAGAAAAUCUAUGAAGGAACUUGAAACUUUAGACGAUGACUGUACGAACGUUGGGAAAGAGAAUUGGUUCGAUAAGUACGAGAAAAGACCUGAAGAGCUCCGCGAUGUUACGUUAGCACAAUUUGUUGCAAAAUAUUACAUAAAUAAAAAGGGGACUUACAGUAAAAGAGAUACUGCAAGAAUAAUAAGAUACAAGAACUACGAUAUGGCUGAAAAUUACAACGAUUAUAGGCGUGAGAUGGUUCUGUUGCAUGUUCCAUUUCAAAGUGAAGAAAAUGAUAUUAUCGCUGAAAAUAAGUUUAUUCAAAUAUACGAGGACAACAAAGAUACGAUAUUAGAACGUAAGAAAGAAUUUGAAUCAAAUUUGGACAUAGAGAAAACUUUACAAAUUUGUACACAGUUGUGCCGAGAAAACGAUGAAGAACAAGAAGACGAAGAAUUAUUAGGAGCGGCGCAUGAUGAUCCGAUUGAAAUACCUGAUUUCAAUUGUAUUGCUCAAUUCAAUCGAGAUACUGUUCCAAAAGAUAUUCUACACAACCUUGCAUUGGAAAGCUCUAAACAUCAAAAGAAUCAUUUAUUGGUUUUGGAGAACCAACUGUUAGAAGAAAUGAAAUCAAGUAAAGAACUCAGGGGAAAUAUGAAGACUCAUUUUGAAACUAACAGAUUCCCGUGGUAUAAGAUUAACAGGUACCACAUGAAAACUGUAGUACUCAACAAGCUGAAGACACUUUAUGCGGCAGACGAUAAGAGUGAAAAUGUAUUGGCUAAGGACCGAAUGUCCCAGACGGAUUGGAUUAUAUUUGACUUUGCUCUCGUCCAUGAGAAAAUAGAUCUAAUUGAAAAAGAUGGUAUGAGAUGUCAAACUCAGGAUCGUCAGCCGUUGAUUGAUCUCUUCGAGCUGGUGACGAAGUUUGACAUAGAGGACAGGUCCGGAGACAGUCUGGCCGGCGCCUGGACUGCGGCCACCGCCCUCUACAACUCGAGGGGUCGUCAGUGCUCACCGAUGCUACUGCAGAAGCGUUGGUAUCAGCUGAAGGAGGUGACCAGGGAAUCGCUAUAUGAGUACUGGUACGCCUCCCGCGAGAACUCUCCUUCGUCGGCCGAGUCUAUACAAAGCGCAACCAAAUUACAGAGAGCUGUGGCCCAAAAAUACCCGUCAAUAAUAACGAGUGCAUUUCCGGAAUGGCGAGAACUGAUCGAGAAAAGACUUGUCAUAAUGUCUGAAGACUUCGAAAAGGAGAAAUGGAUGAACAACGUGGAAGCUACUAUAGACACUGAAUCUCAACCAGACUUAGAAGUCAUUGAACCUUUCAUAGAAACGAUAGAUGUGGACCAAGAUUUGGACAACGAAACAACGAAGCUCGGGAGAAGAAGCGAAGAGAACACUGAAACCAAUGGAAUGAUGAUUAUUGAAAUAAAAUCCGAACCUAGAGAUUUUGAAGAUCUGGCUGACCCAUUACAAACUAUUAAAAUACCAUUACUUUUACACACCGGGAAAACAGAACAAUUGAUCAAAAAUGAAACAUGCAAUACUGAUUUUGGUGAAGAUGUGGUGAAGACUGAAAAAAAUCAAAAUAUUUCCCCAACUCUUGAUUACCUUCGCGAAACAGUCGAAAAUUCAAAUGAAAUAGUUCCGAAAAUUGUCUGUGUUUACGGCAACGUGCAUGAUACCCAUGAUAGUAAAGAUCUAACAUCUACAAAAGUAUGUGAAGAUGAACCAAUGAUUGUAGAAGAAACUAAAUGUCAUCGAGAUGACACCAACAAUGUGUCUAAUGCAGAAGAUAUACAAGAAAAAGUCUUGCAAGAGACAAAUAUAAUAUUAAAGUCUGAAAUGGAAGAACAAUUGCAUUUGAAUAUUUUUGAUAACGUAAUAGAAUUUGCUGAUAACAAAGUCCAGUCUAUUGAAAAUGAUCAUGUAAAUACAGUGCACGUUAUUCAGACCAAAAACGAUUUCACUUUACAAAGUCGGUUAAGUUGUGAAUAUGGAAAUAGUGCAUCGACUUCUGAAUUAAAAUGUCUCUUUGAUUUGAAAGAAGAUGCAAUGAAAAUGUCAAAAAACAAGCUGCAGGGUUGUAACUUAAAAGACAGUUUAAAACAACUGAACAUUUCGGAAAUACAAACUGAUGUUAAUAAGAUUACGAAUCGAAUUAAUUCUGACAUCAGUAAUACAAUGAACAACACUUUGUUCUUAGAAAGUAAAUCCGGUGCACAAAGUGAAACUAGAACAGACGAUAGUAUGAAAGUGAAAAUGUCUAGUUACUUAUUUCAUAAACCCCGAAAUCGUUCGUAUGAUCCUACACAGCUUUGCAAGAAUCCGGACUUUAACAAGAAGUUAAAAAGAUUAACGGAUGCAUUCUUAAGUUCGCCGCGUAACAGGGUACUGCUCAAUGCUUGCAGGCCGAUCACUGUUGAUGUAAUGAAGGCGAUUGAAUCCAAACUGUUCAACGGUACAGUGUACUUGAAGGACUGCGACCAACUGAACUCGAAUGUUCCAGACCGCGGCGCCGUUAGCGACACUGCGACGCGAGUUCCUUCAACAAUCGCUUCCCGGAGCUCUACAAAUAUUCGUUUAGUCAAUCCUGAUCAUUUAAUGUCGCUAUCGAAAUGUUACACAUCGAAUUUAACACAAGAAAGUUGUGGUGAUGCGAUGGAAAUAAACAGGAAGAUCAAUCAACCAAAUAUAACAGAAGUUCCUUGCUCAAAUCAAAGUUGGCUGACAAUUGAAGUGCCUCCCCUUACCGUGCGAACUAAUAAUGAAAGCAUAACAACUCCAGAACCCAAUUCAACCCUGUCAUGUAAAGAAAAAGAAACCGGUAUUUCGUCCAAAAAGAAACCAAGAAAAGAAUUUUCAGUUGUGAAUGAUGGUUUUCUUACCCACGACAUCCUCAACAAAAUGGUAGUAAAAAUGGAUGAAGAAGAACGUUUUUAUAAUCCUUCCAGAGUAACUUUUGGUGCAUCGUCUCGGAUACUGAAGCCAAGCACAAACACAAGUAAUCCCAGUGAUGAAAUCAAAAUCCGUCCCUGUAGGUCUCCUGCACAAAAUACAACAAAAAUGGUGUCAGCUGUCGAACUGUUGAGUGAGCGAAAUUAUUCCGCUGCGAGUGACAGCCCUAUCAUGGCAAACAACAUCGUAAUCGACAGUGAAAGUAAAAUCGUUGAACCGGUAUUCGCACAGGAACAAUACCAGACCGACAAACAUGAAAUUAUAAAUACGACAUCUAAUGCAAAGACUCUAGUGAUAGAGCCAAUUUUCAAUCAUGUUACCGAAAAAUCUAAAAAACUUAUGUUUUUGGCGUCGCUUGCGUCUCAACAAACGUUAGUUAAACGGAAAGAAAUAGAUAAAUCUCCUUAGUUUAUCAUUGAAAACAACCACGACAGCCCCGGAAGGAUAGUAAAACGUGAAGCAAUCUCAAAACCUAAUAAAAGUAUUAAUAAUGCAAACCCUUCCCACACUAGAAGCAUAUUGGGUCACACACGUAACACACACAAAAAAAAUCAAUGGGUUGGUUGACCACGUUAAACUUUCUAUCAGCUUUUUUGACGUUACUGGGGCCAGUUUCUUCUAAUAUGUUUAAAUUAUUAUCCAGAUUUUUCUCUGUAUUACUCUCAUUGUCACAUUCAUUUGUGUUAUCAGGAUAUUCUGAUUCUUCUGUCAAGAUUAUAUUUUCUACACUUCUUCCAGGAAUAACAUUUUUUUUUUUGUAGGAUGUUUUAAAACUUCCUGUGUUCCUCAUUGCAUAGAAAGAACCGUUUGAUCAAUUACUUCUUUGAAGUUUUAAUUUCUAGCUUCUGGAUUUGUGCUUGGCAAUCUAUCUAAAACCUUAUUUCUAUUUACCGAACUUAUGCCGCACUUUUCAAAACCUAGCUGUAUUUUUUUUACUGACGUUUGAUUCUAUUUCUUUCAUAAGUUUUUUAAGAAGCGAUGGAAAUAUGUUUUUGGGUAUAGUAGCUUGCAUUCUCCCGUCGGUCUUUUUCCAAUUAUAAAGUAUGUGCUGCCAAGCACUUUUCAACGGCCUGAAGAAAGCUACGUCUAAUGGUUGAGUAAGGUGCUUAGAGUUGGCAGGUAAAAAAUGAACCUAAUAUUACGUGUUUCACAUUCCUUUAUUAUAUCUAUUGAAAGGUGAGAGGCGAGAUUAUCGCCUACAAGAAUUUUUGUGCCAGUUUUAAAAAUCGAAUACAAUAGUCCUCCCUAGUCUUCAAAUGUUAAUCCAUCAAAUCAACUAGAUCUGGUACUAUUAUAAAGAGAACCUUAUGGCCCAUUUUGUUUCCACGUUGUGCCUUAUUUACCUCAUAUGGCAGCAAGGACAUCAACCAAGUUAGUUUCGUCAUAGUUGACGAUGUUAUCUCAAGGAAUUCUUUGUAGUGGUACUUCUAGUUCAUCGAAAUAUGCCUUUAUCAUCUCUGGCGAGACUGCUGCUCUUGAACGUUUUAUAUUUUGGCUUAAUCUACCGGUAAUUGUAAGUUUAUGUCGUUUCCAAAAAAAUUUUGUGUAGGUAGGGCCAUUUUUUUUUUUUUUUUUCGGGUAGAGGGCCGAACCUCCUACGAGGUCCCCGCGCAAAAGGGGCGCGCGGGGUAUGUGAGACUCAACGGUCUGCAUGGUGUUGUGAGCAGACCGCGGGCCCAAGGAUUUUAGGACCCACCCACUAAACGACUCCCCUGCACUCUUACACCCGACGUCCGAUCCCCUCCGAGGUCAGAACCAGGAUGAGGUAGGGGGGCUACCGCGGUCAACACUACAACCAGACGGCGCGGCUCACCCCAAGGACGCCCAGCCGACGGAGCCUUCGAGGCGAAUCGAAGGCUCUGAAACGUCGGCCGUCUCGGUACGGCAGCCCGUCGGGCCGCCCAGACGGUGCCGCUGGUGUCCCGGAAUACCCCGCUGGACCAGAACCAGCCUGCCGGGUCGGGACGCGAUACACCGUCGACCGGUCGCUCUAAUCACUCCACGGCAUCGCGCUAGAGUGCUGGUAGCGCGCCGCGCGGCCUCACCCCCUCAGGUCGCCCCUUGACCUUCACCGGGGGGAGGCCGCCACCUACAGGGGCCGGGACGUACGGGCGUAUUCCCGCCUCCGGCCCCCGGCUCGACGGCGACGGAUCGGUGCGGAAAGGGAAGAGCUCUCCAAGUGUAGGCAGGGCCAGGCGUAACAUUUUUUAAUCUUUUUUAUCACUACUCCUACAUUGUCUAUGUAUCCCUUUAUUAAUAAUCUAAAGUCUAUUGUUUCAAGGAGAUAUCCCCAUUCAGAACACACCUUUGUAUAUUGUAUUAGGUAUUCCCAUACAUCCGGAGCUAAUGCUGCUUGGCCACCUUGCUUUUUCAUGACAUAAGUAUUGUGUCUAUGAAGGACUGAUUUAGAGAUUUUAUAUUUUUAUGCAAUAUCUAUUAACGAUUAAUUAGUUCUCUCCAAUAGAGCAAAUGGCGUGCUCUUUCAAGCAGCUCUGAAUUCCAAGCUGACCUUGGUCUAUGUUUUUUAGCAUCUAAGCUACUUGUGUUUUGGGCACUGCAAUUUUGUGACCUCUGACAUAUUAUUUUUGAAUCUUUUUAUCACUACUCCUAAGUUGUCUAAGUAUCCCUUUAUUAAUAAUAUAAAGUCUAUUGUUUCAAGGGGAUAUCCCCAUUCAGAACACACAUAUUUUGUAUAUUGUAUUAGGUAUUCUCCUACAUCCGUAGCUAAUGCUGCAUGGCCACCUUGCUUUUUCAUGAUAUAAGUAUUGUGUCUAUGAAGGAAUAAUUUGGAGAUUUUAUAUUUUUGUGCAAUAUCUAUUAACGAUUGAUUAUUCCUAUCCAAUAGAGCAAUUGGCGUGCUCUUUUCAAGCAGCUCUGAAUUCCAAGCUGACCUUGGUUUAUGUUUUUUAGCAUCUGGGGUACUUGUAUUUUGGGCACUAUAAUUUUGUGACCUCUGAAAAUUAGACCUUUGAAGUAAUUGAAUGAAUGAAUGAAAUUGAAUAGAAACAAAUCUUUUGGUUUUAUUCCUAAUACUCGUUAGUUUUGAAGUGUCAUAAUCACGGCUUAAAAAGUCUGCUAAUGGUAUUUAUAUGAUUUUGUUAAAAGUAAUUUUUGGUGAAUAUGGUGUUAGGUUGAGCAUUAUACGUUGAAGUCUAGCUUGGGCUGACUGUAUUUUUUUUCUGAAUAUUGUCUCGAGCGGCUUGUGAUUUGAUUCGAUAAUAAGUAUUUGCUAUAGACCUACUCAUGGAACUUUUUGCACCCAAAUAGUAUAUAGCAAAUACCUCCUUCAUAAUGUGAGCAUAAUUUUGUUCAGAUUUAGUCAAUGUUCUGGCUCCAUAAGCUGCCUUUCCUGAAGGAAUGCUGCACCAAGAUUCUUUAAACUUGCAUCCACUCUUAGUGUGACUCGUUUGUUUACAUCAUAUAAUUUUAACACUGAUGGAUUCUGUAAAAAAAUUUUAAUUUUAUUGAGUGCUUCAUCUUAAUAGAAUUCCCAGUUGAAACUUGUGACUUAAAAGAUGCAUUUACUUUGAUUAAGUUUGAAACCAGAAAAUUUCAAUGUCUCUUAUUAUUUCUUUGACCGUUUUCUGUGGCUCUUCCUCCUCUUUGGCAUGAAUAAAGAUAUCCUCGAUUGAUACUCUUACAUUUUUGAAUGUGCUAAGAAGAUUAGCCAAGAUUCCUUGAAAACUUUCAGGUGCUGACGAUACUCCAAACGAGUCUUUUGAAUGAUUAUCUCUUCCAUUCAGAUGUAGAAAAGGUAUAUAAAAGGCAGUAUCUUUUGUGUUAUUUUUGAUAAUUUAACUUGCCAAAAUCCUUUAGUGCCGUGCUGAUCCUUUGACGUCAGCUGCUAUCUCUUCUAUUGUUGAAAGUGGGAAAUGUAUUCUUAAAAUAUUUUUGUUCACAUCUGAUGGGUCUAUGCAUAUUCUCAAUAUUCAUUUUUGUCUGAUCACCACCAUUGGACUCACUGCUGUUGUCGGUUCUGUUUCAGGUUUGAUGACAUCCAGUUUUACCAUUCUAUCUAAUUCUUGUUUUACUUCAUUUCUUAUGGCGUGUGGAACAUUUCUUAUCGGUUUAAUUUCAAAUUUAGGGUUUUCUAUGAGGUCAAUAUCAUACUCAAAUUUUUUGUACCAACGUACCCUUUUAAAUAUGUCAUCAUUGGUUGAACUUUCUUUCAAUGUUUCAACCCGUGCGACUAAUCCCAACUUCUCACAACUGUUUAGUCUUAAGACUGGUGUGACUCUUUCAGCUACAACUUUAAAUAGUAUUUUAACAGUUUUCCCUUUUAUUUUGUAUUGUAACUUCACUUCUCCAAGUAGGUACUAACAUUCUGUUAUUUGAGAAACUUGUUAAAUUUUUAGUGCAACUUGGUUGUGUACAAACUUGAGUUUUCUGUACUAUGAAUUUUGGAAGGACGUUGCACUCUGCACCAUUAUUAAGCUUUGCCGUAAAUUUGGUGUUACCAGUUUGGACACUUUCUGCCAAUCUUUGGAGUUGCCAACACUUAAUUAUCCAAUAAAGAGUAGUAUUUUCUUCUAAA